GUGGUGCCGCGCUUUGGAGCGUGGAACAUGAUGGGGGGGCAGCGGCUGAUAGACGGCGCGCGCAUCACCCACUGGACCAUCGUCAACUUCGCGCCCUACCUGGACGCCAUGGGCGUGCAGCGCUUCGGCCAAGCCCUCGUGCAGCGCUGCGCUGACCUGGGCGUGCAUAUGGAGCCGCGCCCAGUCGUGCCGCCCCUGACCGGCCGGGUGGAGUCGGUGGAGGCGGUCAUGCGCCAGCUGGCGGACGCUAGCAGCCGAGCGGUGCCGCCCGGGCAGUGGCUGCAGCUGGCGGUGGUGAUCCUGCCGGGCAGAGGCACGUUCUACAACGAGAUCAAGCUGAUCGCUGAGACGCAGCUGAACGUGGUGACCCAAUGCUGCCUCGUGAACCAUGCCCAGAAGUGA